AUGAUAUUGUAGUUUACGUUUUUACAUCCAUCGCACAGAUGACGUUAAUUACAAAAAUCGAUGAAUACGCGUAAUUUACAUAAUCGAUUUAUUAAAAAUCGAUUUUUAUUAUCAAAAAAAUCGACUUUUCAAAAUCGAUAAUAAGACAAAAUAAUCGAAAUGAAAAUCAAUUAUUUUUUCACAUCCCUAGUUUUAUCUACGUUCUACGUUCCUUCGGGCUUCGGGCAACCUUCGGCCAAGAAAAUGACUUCGGAGGUUUAAAAAAGUAAAAAAAAAAACUAUCAAUUGAUCUGCAUUGCAAAUUAGAAGUCUAAAAUUUUUGCAAUGUUUCGAUCGGUUAUUGUUAAAGGCCGUGGAAGUUAUGCGCAAUCUAGAAUAAAGGAAUUUAUUCGGACAAAAGUAGUUAAACCCAGUUCUAUCUUGAAUCCUGCGGAAAAAAUAAAAUUGUAUCACAAGGAGAACAAGGAACUUUUCGGACCAUUGUUGGAUAAGAAAAUACCAAAGAAAACGCGUACACCAAAAACUGCUAAAAAUAGCAAGACGUCGCAUCAAAACAACGAAACGACAGUAUCUAGUGAAAAUACGCAGAAAUUCAGUGCUUCAGGAAAUCCGCUUCAGAAGCUGUGUCUUUUAACUAGCAAUAGAUCAAUAGACAUUUUAAAAAUUAGGAUGUGGCAGAAGUCAAAGAUUUGUUUUAACUAUGCUGCAGUAUUACUAAACAAUAACACUGUAAGGGGAAUUAAAACAAUUGCUGUGAGUAAUGCUGCUAGAAGCUCCCCUGCAGAACCAGGUUAUGCAAGUGAAGACAAGAUUCUGCAGAUCAAACAACACCAAAAUGAUUUUGCCAAGCAAUAUCCAUCUGUCACAUUAAUCUUGAACAAAACCAUGACUGAUGAAUCACGAGCCGCUCUAGAAAAAUGGAAACAGGAAAGAAUUGCAGAAAUGGGUUUAGAAGAAUUUAACAAAUUUUAUGAAGCACAAAUGGCAGUGGGGACAAAGUUUCAUAGUACAUUGAAGAACUAUUUUACACAGCCCCAAACUCAGUUACGCAUCGAAAAAGAAGUGGAAGGAGUGUGGGUGUCAGUUGCCGAUGUUUUAAAAAGGAUAUCUUCACCCAAGGCCAUAGAGUCUAAUGUUGUACAUCCCGUUUUGAAAUAUAGGGGAAUAAUUGAUGCUAUUGCAGAUUAUGAAGAUAAGCCAACAUUAAUAGAAUGGAAGAAAUCAGAUAAGCCACGGAAAUCAAUAGCACUAACAUAUGACAACCCUGUCCAGUUGGCGGCAUACUUUGGGGCUGUAUGUAACGAUCUGAACUACAAACAUUUAAAUGUAAAGGAUGCCUUACUAGUAAUAGCAUACACAGAUGGGUCUAAGGCUGAUGUCUAUUACUUAUCAACGGAUAAGCUAAGAGAGCAUUGGGCCCAGUGGUUAAUAAGACUGGAAGAAUAUAUGAAAAAGUAUAAUAAUGAUUCUGAGAAGAUAUUAAAAGGUGGCAAAAGAGUAUUCGAAGAGGAAAUCGGGAAGCUCUAAUUAUGGUCACAAUGGGAAUUAAUAGAAAGCAGGAAAAUAUGAAUAUAAAGCCAAAAUAUUGCUUAAGAUUCUAAUACAAGUUUGAGGUUUUUGUUAAUGGUGGAAAUAUAGGGUGGAAAGUGUAUGUAGAUAAACUUGUGAUUGUUAUUAUUGCAGAGAAUUCAAUGUCUAUGAAAUAUUAGCAUUACCGAAAUAUAAAAGACCUUUUCAUCAUAAUAUUUCAUAUUACAAUUAUCAAUUUUUGAGUUCGUUACUAUUAUUAUUAAAGAUGGCUACGUUCCUUUUAAUAUAUGCUUACUGCAAUAUGCUUAUAAUAAUAGUCAAAUAGAUCUACAUAAUAUAAUGUGUCUGUUGACAAUACUGGCAUUGUAUUUUUUGAAUACAUUAUUUAGCUGAUAUGUAUUGAAGCACUCAAAAAGUCAGUGUAUUGUAGCUCAAAACAGUGGAAGAAAUUGUAUUAAUAAUUAUAAUUAGUUUGACACUUUUGGACAUCUGGAUUUUAUUUCAGUUCAACAAAUCUUCGACAAACAAUUAAAACUCUUAAAUUAUGUCACAUUUGUAAUUAUUAAUGGCCUUUACACCAAUGACAGAUAGUUUCUUAAAUAUAUGACGGAUAAAUUGGAAUAGUAACUAUUAUUAUUUAAAAUUUAAAUCUAUACAUAUAAUAAAUCUGUAGAAAAAUUGUAUGUUCACGAUUCACGCAGAAAGUACUGUACACAUUUCCAUGUCAUUUUGUAUGUAGACAGUAAAUGACCGUGUAUAACAUAUAGGCAAAUUUUAUCCGUUUACGGAAGAGUAAAAGAAAAGAGAUGAAAUUCUAAUUUUUUAGUUUAUUGUCAUUAUGGCUGCUGAUGUUACUAUUAGUCAAUACAAUACAAUACAAACACUCACGCCUGUCUCCCAGAGGGGUAGGCAGAGACUACGGACUUCCAUUUGGCACGAUCCUGACACACCUCUCGCCUCCUUUACAUCCAUAUAUCUACGCAUACACGUUGAUUGGUGAAGGGUACUCAUAAUCUGGCCCAUUUUUAAUGUAUCGCCGAUUUGGUCGAUAAACCUUCGUCUAGGGCGUCCCUUCCCGACCCUGGAUUUAGCUAUACGUAUAAAAAAUCUAUAGGAAAGUGUGUAUAUGAAAAUAAACUCAUCGGGCCAUCAACCAGAAAGGGCAAAAUAACGUCUGUCGGACCAGCUAGUUAAUUAUAAACCCAAGAGUUUUACUUGUCUACUGAUGAUGAACGAUGUUAAUGGUUAUAGAAAAAUAAUCAAAAACUAAAAUUAAAAUUUGCAAAAAAAAAAAGAAACGUAAUCAAUGAGCUUUACUUUUCGGUGGACUUUUUUUUUUAUAAUUUUUAUUAGAAUUUUUGUUUAUUUUUUUGUUUUUAAAUCGUUAAUAGUAAUUUAAUAAAACUAACCAAAGCUUUGUUUUUAAUUUCGUAAGAUGUUUGAAAUGGAUUAAAUACUAGUCUUCUAUUACAAUGAUACCUCAGAAAUGCCUAUAAGAAUAAGAAAGGACACUUGAUUGUUGUAUAUCGUAUAGUUGCGGAAAAUUCUUAAGUGUUAAAAGUAAAGAAAAUCAUCACACAUUAAAAAGGCAUCCAAAUCUCAAUAGUUAUAUAGAUUUCAUCGGAUUGAUUUUGUAAAAUCUUAUUUUAGUUUUAUUACUUUAGCGAUUCUAUAAAAUCUCAACUUUUCUUUUAGUUAGGAUCUUUGUUUUCUGCUGAUUUGUCUCCAUAAUAAGAUUAGAACCUUGAUGACUCGUUAAAACGAGAGACUCCUCGACACUUACAAAUGAAAAUACAUUUCAAGGUAUACGUAAUGUUGUCUAAGUAAUUAGAGAAAUAUGAGAGUUUAGAUUUUAUAUAUUAUUAUUGUUAAGAAAUUAGUUACAUAAUUUCAUGUUAUAUUUCUAAGGCUGCUUCCUCAAAAUUAUAUGAUUCAAAGUAUUGUUAGAUUUCUUUAAUUUGUACUCUUGUGCGUACGAUACGGAACUUAUAGAGUUGUCUUGAAAUUAAACUUUUUUAAAUAUUU